AUGAAUGGUGUAAAGAUUGCUGGUGCUAUUAGCAGUAAUGUGGUUAAGAUUUGUAGGAGGGCCAGGAAAAGUGAGGACUCUCUAUACUUGAAGCAAAUUGUUAGGGAUUAUGAUGUUUUUUAUAUUGGGAUUAUGGAGACUAAACUUAAUAAGGUUGAUAGAAGGGAUGUGGACAUCAUCAUUGGUGGUAGCUGGGAUUCCUUCCAUUUCCCUGCUGUAGGGAAUUCUGGAGGUAUUCUGGUUUUAUGGGAUAAAAAUGUUGCUUCUUUUGUGGUCGAGGAGAGCUCUUCUCAAAUGGAUGUUGGGGAUCUCACCACUCCUUAUUGUGGGGUUUGGAAAGUGGGUACUGUGUAUGGUAGUAAUUGUUAUGUUGAGAGGAGGAGUCUUUGGAGGCUGUUAGAGAGCUCCUUGGCUGGGAUGGGUCCUUCCUUGGUAGGAGGGGACUUUAAUUAUAUAUUGAGCAGGGAUGAAAAGAAGGGUGGAAAUAGGUUCCUCUUGUCUAGAGGAUCUAGGGAGAUGAGGGAUUUUAUGACUAACUCUGAUUUGCAUGAUGUAGGUUUUGUUGGACCAAAUUUUACUUAG